AAUGCACUUCCGGUCAGGUAUUUGAUGAAUUUCACCAUUGUAUCAGACAGGAAAGCUGGGUACAUGGUUAUAUGAUGGUAUAGACUGCUUGAUAUCAAACAUAUGCCCCAUAUUUGGAAUAAAAUUACUCUUGACGAUGGCUUCAAGCAGUAAAGUGAAGAAGCUGCAGCCCCAGAUUUUCUGCACCGAGCAUCCAGAUGCCCCUCUUGUGGAGGAUUAUCAUGCGGGGGACAUGAUCUGCCCAGAGUGCGGCCUGGUUGUAGGCGACAGAGUAGUGGAUGUUGGAACUGAGUGGAGAACUUUCAGUAAUGACAAAUCGGACAAGGAUCCGUCUCGUGUUGGAGCCUCAGAAAAUCCUUUGCUUGAGGGUGGGGACCUGUCUACAAUGAUAGCUACAGGAGUUGGAGGCUCGGAGGGCGUGUUAGACGAACAUGGCAAACCAAUGUACAGAAACCGGCGAACACUGAACAGUUCAGACAGAGCACUGAUCAAUGCAUUCAGAGAAAUUGGACAAAUGGGAGACAGGUUAAACCUACCAAGAAUGAUUGCGGAUAGAGCCAACACUUUAUUUAAACAAGUGCAUGAAGGAAAAGCUUUGAAAGGACGCAGUAAUGAUGCUAUUGCCUCAGCGUGUAUGUAUAUAGCAUGUCGUCAGGAAGGGGUUCCAAGGACAUUCAAAGAAAUUUGCGCUGUCUCAAAAAUCUCCAAAAAGGAGAUUGGUAGGGUAUUUAAGCUGAUCUUGAAGAAUCUGGAAACAAAUGUAGAGUUGAUUACUACAGGAGAUUUCAUGUCGCGCUUCUGCUCCAAUCUGAGUUUACCAAACUCUGUACAGAAGGCAGCGACACACAUUGCCCGUAAAGCAGUGGAUCUGGAUCUGACUCCUGGUCGUAGUCCAAUUUCUGUGGCUGCUGCUGCAAUAUACAUGGCUUCCCAAGCUUCUGCAGACAAAAAGUCCCAGAAAGAGAUUGGAGACAUAGCCGGAGUGGCUGAAGUAACGAUCCGACAGUCCUACAAACUGAUGUAUCCCAAAGCUCACCUCUUGUUCCCAGAGGACUUUGAUUUUGUCACCCCCAUAGAGCAGCUCCCAGCUCAGUGAUUGUUAAAACUCAGGAGGCAUUAACGGGACAACCAUCCAAAAAAAAAUAUCAUUCAUAUUAUAUAUAUAGGUCAGGCUCUAGAACAAUAUACAUGUAUCUCAUAUUUGACUAUCUCAGAAUGAGAUGUACUUUUAAAGGGAAACAAAUUCCUGUACCGAUAAUUUUCAAAAGAUUACAAUGUUAUGAAGUAUCUCUUCUAUUUACACUGAUUACAUGUCUAGACUAAGAGAAUGUUGUCAUACUUGGUGUGUAUCAAUGUUUGUUGUUUAUGUACUUAUAUGUAUACAUGUACCUACAUGUUAUUGUGAAUAAGCUCAUCCUUUAAAGGUCAGUAUCAAGCUAGUGCUGUUAGACAACAUACAGUAAUAAUCCAUGUAAAUUACAUACUGCAACUUUGUGUCUGUAUAAACUGUAUUUGUUGUCAAACUAAAUCAAGAAUUUUAGUAGUUGUCAGUCAUCCCCAUACAAGAUGAAUGAAAAAACAUUUGUAUAUGAAUGUUCAUCAUUAGUACAGGUACAAGUCAUUAUUUCAUUAAUAAAGUGUAUUUUGAGGCAUUUUCAUUAAUACAGGUAAGUACAUUACUCUUGUCAAUGAAAUAUCUAAUGCAUAAUGACCUUGAGGUCAUCUGGCCAAAAUAGAAAAAAAUUUAUCGAAUGAUAUAUGUACAGACAAGUGUUUGGUGUGAAUAAGCAAUUAGUACAUGUACAUUUAAAUAUUCAGGUAUAGUGUAUAUUUAAAGUUUAGAGUCUGCAGAUUUUACUAUUUAUUGUCAUGUUUGUAAGGAUGGAUGUAUAGAUGUCCGAGUGUGAAAUACAAUAUUGUUAAACUUUAGUAUGAGGAAUAAUAAUUUUUGCAACAAAAGCAGAUUUUUAAGUUUGUUCUAGCUCAAAAUUGAAGAAAAAAAUUAGGAUUUCAAAUCAUAUGUUUUGUUUUGUGACCAAGCACAUCUUGCGAGUUUGUUUUCGUGUGACAUAAUAAAUGCAAUAUUGUUGAAA